GGACCCUCCGCGCGCGCGGAGGCUGAGAGCCCCGCCUCCGAGUGGCGGGACUGGGCCUGCGCGGGCCGGGGGGGCGGGGCGGCGUGGGAGCGCGGGAAGUCCGGAUUCCUGCGCGGCGGCCGCAGCAUGAGCGUGGACCGCGAGCUUCGCCAGCUGUACAAGGCCAAGGCCAAGGCCCAGAACAGCGGGCAGCUGCAGGAGGAGGCAGCCCUCUGCAACCAGCUGGGGGAGCUCCUGGCCAGCCAUGGCCGCUACUCGGAGGCCCUGCAGGAGCACGAGCAGGAGCUGCAGCUCCUGGAGAGCGCCGACGACCCCCUGGGCUGCGCCGUGGCUCACCGAAAGAUCGGAGAGCGGCUGGCCGAGAUGGAGGACUAUUCAGCUGCCCUGCAGCACCAGCACCACUACCUGGAGCUGGCCCGUUCCCUGUCCAACCACAUCGAGCUGCAAAGGGCCUGGGCCACCAUCGGCCGCACCCAUCUGGACAUCUAUGAUUACUGCCAGUCACAGGAUGCCUUGCUGCAGGCCCAGACUGCCUUUGAGAAGAGCUUGGCUAUCGUGGAUGAGAAGCUGCAAAGGACGUUGCCUGGGCGAGAGCUGACUGAGAUGAGGACCCGGCUCUACCUCAACCUUGGCCUGACCUUUGAGAGCCUGCAGGAGGUGGCCCUGUGCAACAGCUACUUCAAGAAGAGCAUCUUUCUUGCUGAGCAGAACCACCUGCACGAGGACCUGUUUCGCGCCCGCUACAACCUGGGCGCCAUCCACUGGCGCAGAGGGCAGCACUCCCAGGCCAUGCGCUGCCUGGAGGGGGCCCGGGAGUGCGCACGCACCCUGAGGAAGGGCUUCAUGGAGAGCGAGUGCUGCGUGCUCAUCUCACAGGUUCUCCAAGACCUGGGGGAUUUUUUGGCUGCCAAAAGAGUGCUGAAGAAGGCGUGUAGGCUGGGUUUCCAGAAGCCCUUGCAGAAGGCGGCUGUGCACCAGACCCUCAAGUAUGUGUUGGCGGUCGUCCGGCUGCAGCAGCGACUGGAGGAGUCUGAGGCCAGUGACCCUCAAGGUGCUAUGGGCAUCUGUGAACAGCUGGGGGACCUGUUCUCUAAGGCAGGUGACUUCCCCAAGGCAGCCAAGGCCUACCAGAAGCAGCUGCAAUUGGCUGAGCUGCUAGGCAGGCCAGGGCCUGAGCUGGCCAUCAUCCACGUGUCCCUGGCUGCCACCUUGGGAGACAUGAAAGACCACCGUCAGGCUGUGCACCACUACGAAGAGGAGCUGAGGCUGCGGGAUGGCAGUGCCCUGGAGGAAGCCAAGACCUGGCUAAAUAUUGCGCUUUCCCGAGAGGAGGCCGGUGACACCUAUGAGGAGCUGGCACCAUGUUUCCAGAAGGCUCUCAGCUGUGCCCAACAGGCCCAGCAGCCCCAGCUGCAGAGGCAGAUCUUGCGGCACCUCCACACCGUGCAGCUGAGGCUACAGCACCAGGAGGCCCCUGGCACUGAGGCCAGACUGCAGGAGCUGGGCGAGGGCGAGGACGAGGGCGAGGACGACGGGGGUGAAGACAGCGACGCCGUGGAGGCCAGUGAGGUGGAGCUCUCGGACAGUGAUGACGAGGCUGACAGCCAGUCCCAGCGGCUGCAGGAUGAGCUGCAUGGUGGCCUGGGCCGGCAGAGGACAGGCAAGUGGCACCGACGUAAUGACGUGGGAGAGACGCUGCUGCACCGAGCCUGCAUCGAGGGCCAGCUCGGCCGCGUCCAGGACCUCGUGAGGCAGGGCCACCCCCUGAAUCCUCGGGACUACUGCGGCUGGACGCCCUUGCACGAGGCCUGCAACUAUGGGCAUCUGGAUAUCGUCCGCUUCCUGCUGGACCAUGGGGCUGCGGUGGACGACCCAGGCGGCCAGGGCUGUGAAGGCAUAACUCCCCUGCACGAUGCCCUCAAUUGUGGCCAUUUCGAGGUGGCUGAGCUGCUCAUUGAGCGGGGAGCGUCAGUCACCCUGCGAACCAGGAAGGGCCACAGCCCUCUGGAGACCCUGCAGCAGUGGGUGAAGCUGUACUGCCAGGACCUGGACAGCGAGACGUGGGAAAAGGCAGGCGCCAUGGAGAGACUGCUCCAGGCAGCCUCCACAGGCCGAGCUCCCCACAGCCCCCUGGCUUCCCAAGCCCUCCUAAGGGACCAUCUGUUUGACCCUGAGGCCUCUCCUUCCUCAAGUCCCUGCCCGGGACCCCCAGAGGCCUGUCAGGCCAGGGCCAGGGUUUCCCAGGCAUCAGCAGUGCCGCCCGUGGCCAGGUCUGGAAGGAGCAGGCACAAGCUGGCCAGCAGCAGCAGCUCGGAGGGCGAGGACAGCACGGGUGCUCCCCAGCCAACCCGGAAGAGGCCCCGGCGCUCCGGCCCAGCACAGCAGGCCAAGGCCUGCAUGGCGGGCCACACCAGCAACAGGGAGGUGGCGGCAGUGGGUGCUGGCCGGGCAGCCUACCGGGCAGCCAUUCGAGCUGUGGGCAGUGCCCGAAGCUGCCGCCUGGAGUCUGGCCCAUCUCGGGGCCCUGGCGAGGCCCCCCUGCCACAGGCAGCACUCAUCCCUGAGGAGGAGUGCUUGGCUGGGGACUGGCUGGAGGAUGAUCUGCUGGUGACCCCCGGCCACCGGGGCUGCCGCCGGCCUCAGCCCCAGGCCUGUGGGCACAGCACCCGGCAUCAUGUCUCGGAGUCAAGCAGCGAUGAGAGCCCCAUCAGGCCCCGGGCCCGGCAGAGCCGGCUGCCCCGUCAUGGGAGUUCGAGUGCACUGGGCAGAGCAGCUGGAGACUGCCACUCGGCCACAGAGCCCCCCCAGAGCCCUGGCGUCCCGGGUGGGGAGAGACCUGCGGAAGGCCAGCCCCUGGGACCCGCCCUGCUCCCUCCCAUCCGGGUGCGCGUUCGCGUCCAGGACAGUCUCUUCCUCAUCCCUGUCCCGCACAGCAAGGAGGCCCACUCCGUGGCCUGGCUGGCCGAACAAGCUGCCCAGCGCUACUACCAGGCCUGUGGGCUGCUGCCGAGGCUCACCCUGAGAAAAGAGGGGGCCCUGCUGGCCCCACAGGACCCCGUCCCCGAUGUGCUACAGACCAAUGAGGACGUGCUGGCUGAAGUGACUUCGUGGGACCUGCCCCCACUGACCGACCGCUACCUGAGGGCCUGCCAGAGCCUGGAGCAAGAGCCACACCAGCAGGUGCUGCAGGCCGUGAAGCACCAGAGCUUAGGCCCCUCGUUCAGCGCUUGCUCCCUGGCCCUGCGCCAGGCUCAGCUCACUCCCCUGCUGUGGGCCCUCAAGCUGCACUCUGCGCUCCGGGAGCUGCGCCUGGCAGGGAACCGGCUGGGGGAUGCCUGUGCCACCGAGCUGCUGGCUGUCCUGGGUACUGUGCCCAGCCUGACCGUCCUUGACCUCUCUUCCAAUCAUCUGGGCCCUGAGGGCCUGCGCCAGCUGGCCACAGGCCUCCAGGGGCAGAUCACCUUGCAGAACCUGGAAGAGCUGGACUUGAGCAUGAACCCCCUUGGGGAUGGAUGCAGCCAGGCCCUGGCCUCCAUCCUGCAGGCCUGCCCCGCCCUCAGCACCCUGCAUCUCCAGGCCUGUGGCUUUGGCUCCACUUUCCUCUUGAGCCACCAGGCAGCCCUGGGAAGUGCCUUCCAAGAUGCCAAGCACCUGAAGACACUGUCACUGUCCUACAAUGUCUUGGGUGCCACCGCCCUGGCUCAGACCCUGCAGAGCCUGCCUGCCCACACCCUCCUGCGCUUGGAGCUCAGCUCCGUGGUGGCCAGCAAGAGUGACUCAGGCCUCAUGGAGCCCAUAGUCAGGUACCUGACCAAGGAAGGCUGUGCUCUGACACACCUGAACCUGUCUGCAAACCACUUGGACAGCGAGGCAGUGGGAGACCUAAGCAGAUGUCUUCCUCUCUGCCCCUCACUUGUCUCGCUGGACCUAUCUGCCAACCGAGAGAUCGGCUCUGAGGGCCUGGAGGGGCUCCUGUCCGCCCUCCAGGAGCGGCCCCAAGGUUUGCGCUUCCUGGGCCUGUCAGGCUGUGCUGUGCGGGGCCCCCUGGGCCUGGGCCUCUGGGACAAGAUAACAGCGGAGCUGCAGGAGCUGCAGCUGUGCAGCCAACGCCUCUCCCGCGAGGACCGGACCGCCCUGCGCCAGCGGCUGUCCAGCCAGCCGGACCCCGGCAUGUGCACACUGGACCGUGGCGCCAAGCUCUUCUUCCGGCGCCUCUGAUGGCCGGCGUCACCCCGCCCUCCCCAUACGCCCCUAAUAAAUGGACGCUGCUGCUGCUGCCA